GUUUGGAAUCACAGGCCUGGAAUCACAGCGGUUUCUCUCAGUAGUGCGUUGCAGCCCAGUGGGCAGUCUUAUCUAUAGGGUGGGCUUUAGCUCUGUUUAUAACUUGUGCUAAGUUUUCUGAAAAUCGCAUUUGCGUUCGCUUUACUUAGUUAAAAUUCAGGCUGGAUUUUUUUCUUUCAAAACAUGAAGUUAGAAACCGGUUCAUUUUGGUUCUUUUUACUGCAUUUGUGUGUGUUUACUGCGGUACCCUGUGAGUCAGCUGCACAGAUUCCUGAAGAAAAUCUUCUUGUCGUAACCGUCGCCACAAAAGAAAGCGAUGGAUUUAAGCGGUUCAUGAGAUCUGCACGGCACUUUAAUUACACUGUGAAGGUACUUGGUAGGGGCGAGAAAUGGACCGGUGGGGACUACAUGUCUGCACCAGGAGGAGGGCAGAAAGUUCGUCUUCUGAAAUCCGCCCUGGAGAGCAUAAAGGAGGAAGAUAAAAUUAUUCUUUUUAUAGACAGCUAUGACGUGAUCUUCUCGUCGGGCCCAAAAGAGCUGCUGAAGAAGUUCCAGCAGACCAAGCAUAAGGUGGUCUUCUCUGCCGAGACCCUCAUUUGGCCGGACCGUCAUCUGGAAGACAAGCAUCCACACGUCAGAGAAGGAAAGAGGUUCCUUGGAGCCGGAGGCUUCAUCGGCUAUGCGAGUAACCUUAAACAGCUGGUCUCCGAAUGGUCAGGAAAAGAUGACGACAGCGAUCAGCUCUUUUAUACAAAAAUCUACAUCAAUCCAGAGAAGCGGAAAUCUAUAAACAUAACUCUGGAUGGUAGAUGCAGAUUAUUCCAGAACCUGCACGGCGCUCUUGAUGAAGUGGUCCUGAAGUUUGAAGAUUCCAGGGUACGAGCCAGAAACCUGAUCUACAACACCCUGCCAGUCAUAGUCCAUGGCAACGGACCUACUAAGCUUCAGAUAAAUUACCUCGGGAACUACAUCCCAAAAGUUUGGACCUUCGAAACCGGAUGCGCCUUUUGCAAUGACGACUUGCGACCACUUUCUGGACUAAAGGAGAGCGAGUACCCAGGGGUGACCAUUGGCAUCUUCAUUCAGCAGCCCACUCCGUUCCUAACGGCGUUUUUUGAGCGCCUGCUCAGUCUCAAGUACCCAAAAACCCGCCUUAGUCUCUUCAUUUCGAACCAGGAGCCCCAUCAUGAACGGCACAUCCACGCUUUUCUAGAGAAGCACGAGACGGAAUACCAGGCUGUGAAACUGAUCGGGCCGGAUGAAGGAAUCGAUCACGUGACCUCACGCAAUUUAGGCUUUGAUAUGUGUCGAGAUGAUCUUGACUGUGAGUACUUCUUCAGUCUGGAUGCCGACGUGGUUCUGAAAAAUGAAGAAACAUUAAAGAUACUAAUUGAAGUGAACAAAUCAUUCAUUACACCGAUGAUGACCAAACCUGGCCGGCUCUGGACUAACUUCUGGGGCGCCCUUAGUGCUGAUGGCUACUACGCCAGGUCGGAGGAUUAUGUAGAAAUUGUUCAAGGACGCAGAGUGGGGAUUUGGAACAUACCAUACAUAUCACAGGUGUAUCUGGUCAGAGCGGACGUUCUGAGGAACGAGCUGAAAGCCCCCGACCUCUUCCAGUCUGCAACUCUUGACCCAGAUAUGGCCUUCUGCUCCAGGGUGCGGGAACAGGGAAUCUUCAUGUUUGUAACAAACCUGCACACAUAUGGCCGAAUCCUCAAUACAGACACCUAUCAGACCGAACACCUGCACAACGACCUCUGGGAGAUCUUUCAAAACCCUGUGGACUGGGAGGAGCGAUACGUUCAUCCAAAUUACUCCAAAGUUCUCAAUAACGAUAUGGUAGAAACUCCUUGUCCUGAUGUAUUCUGGUUUCCUAUUUUUACUGACAUGGCCUGCAAAGAGAUCAUUGAAGAAAUGGAAAAUUUUGGCCAGUGGUCGGGAGGUGGUAACACGGAUACUCGGAUCCAGGGUGGCUACGAAAACGUUCCCACAAUUGAUAUUCACAUGAUUCAGAUCAACUAUGAAAGAGAGUGGCAGAAGUUCCUCUUGGAUUAUGUUGCACCAAUUACAGAGAAAAUGUUUCCCGGGUACUACACAAGGGCUCAGUUCGACUUGGCGUUUGUAGUGAGAUACAAACCUGACGAACAGCCCUCGUUAAGGCCUCAUCAUGACGCCUCCACUUUUACGAUAAAUAUCGCUCUUAAUCAAGUGGGAAUUGACUUUCAGGGCGGAGGCUGCCGCUUCAUCAGGUACGACUGCUCCGUACAAUCUCCUCGACGAGGCUGGGCCCUCAUGCACCCCGGCCGCUUAACUCACUACCACGAAGGCCUCCCAACAACGGCGGGUGUCAGAUACAUAGUUGUGUCAUUUGUGGACCCUUGAGAUCAACGUCCAGAGAAAAUGUUCAGUUUCUUUUUUUAAGUCCAAGGAUUUUAGACUUGCAUUAGAAAUCAGUGAGACGGUAUAUCUUGUACUAACAUAGCUGUAAUGACAAAUCUUAAAAUGAAAGAAGUUGUGUGGCUUUUAUUUAUUGAACAGUUUUUUACAGCAAUCACAACACGGUUUUUACUAUUUCAACGUUUUUUUAUUAAUGUUUUUAAAAAAUCAGGUCAUAAAAACCUUUGUUAAAACUUCAUUAUGUUCUUAGGCAAAUGGUGCUACUGUAGACUGAUAUUGUAUAUAUUUUAUUCCCUACUAUCAUCCUCUUCACUUUCUGCUUUGAUUUCUUGUUUUUUAUUCUCAGUAUUUGUAUUCAUCAGUUAUACUUGGGACAGAACAAUUCAAAAUAAACACAGACACU